AUGUUAAAUGACGUACGUGAACGUCUGAAAAAUAGUGACUUCUCAUUAUUUGGUAAUAUUGAUGAAAUUUUGGCUACAAUACCUUGUGAUUUAAAUGGACAUAUGCAAGCAAUAAUUAAAUUAAACAACAGUAUUGAUGAUCCGGUCACCCUCUUGAAAUGCUUAAAAUGUCCUGAUGCAAGUAUUUCCUAUGUAAAUGAUGCGCUUAUUGAUCGAUAUCAGGAAGAGCUUAAAAAUCGAACGAAAACUAUACGUUUAAAUGAAUUUUUAAAUCGUGAACAAAUUCAAACAGUAAUCAUCGAGACUAAUCGUAUGUUUAUAAAGUAUUGA